UCUGACUCAUCAGUAGAAAUUGUGAAGAGCUGCAGAAGAGAAGCCAAGCAGACAAGCUGAUAACUCAAAGAAAUACUCUUUUGAGUUUGGGGUUCAGAGUGGAGUCAUCAUGAGCGAUGUUACCAUUGUGAAGGAAGGCUGGGUACAGAAGAGGGGAGAAUAUAUAAAAAACUGGCGGCCAAGAUACUUCCUGCUAAAGACAGAUGGCUCUUUCAUAGGCUAUAAGGAGAAGCCCCAGGACGUGGAUCUGCCAUAUCCACUCAACAACUUUUCAGUGGCAAAAUGUCAGCUAAUGAAAACAGAGCGACCAAAGCCGAACACAUUCAUUAUCAGAUGUCUUCAGUGGACCACGGUCAUAGAGAGGACGUUCCAUGUAGACACUCCAGAGGAACGGGAAGAAUGGACAGAAGCAAUCCAGGCUGUAGCAGACAGACUUCAGAGGCAAGAAGAGGAGAGGAUGAACUGUAGUCCAACUUCUCAGAUAGACAAUAUAGGAGAAGAAGAGAUGGAUGCUUCAACAACCCAUCAUAAAAGAAAGACAAUGAAUGAUUUUGAUUACUUAAAACUACUGGGCAAAGGCACGUUUGGCAAAGUUAUCCUGGUCCGAGAGAAGGCUAGUGGCAAAUACUAUGCUAUGAAGAUUUUGAAAAAAGAAGUAAUCAUUGCAAAGGAUGAAGUGGCUCACACUCUUACAGAAAGCAGAGUAUUGAAAAACACCAGACACCCUUUUUUAACAUCCUUGAAAUAUUCCUUCCAGACAAAGGAUCGUUUGUGUUUUGUGAUGGAGUAUGUUAACGGAGGAGAGCUGUUUUUCCAUUUGUCGAGAGAGCGGGUGUUCUCAGAGGACCGCACGCGCUUCUAUGGCGCAGAAAUUGUCUCUGCCCUGGACUAUCUGCAUUCCGGGAAGAUUGUGUACCGCGAUCUCAAGUUAGAAAAUCUAAUGUUGGAUAAAGAUGGACACAUAAAAAUUACAGAUUUUGGACUUUGCAAAGAAGGAAUCACAGAUGCAGCAACUAUGAAAACAUUCUGUGGUACUCCAGAAUACCUGGCACCUGAGGUGUUAGAAGAUAAUGACUAUGGCCGUGCAGUGGACUGGUGGGGAUUAGGAGUUGUCAUGUAUGAGAUGAUGUGUGGAAGAUUACCCUUCUACAACCAAGAUCAUGAGAAACUAUUUGAACUGAUAUUAAUGGAGGACAUAAAAUUUCCUCGAACUCUAUCUGCAGAUGCAAAAUCAUUAUUAUCAGGUCUACUGAUAAAGGAUCCAAAUAAACGACUUGGUGGAGGCCCAGAUGAUGCCAAGGAAAUCAUGCGUCAUAGUUUCUUUGCUGGAGUAAACUGGCAAGAUGUGUAUGAUAAAAAGCUUGUACCUCCUUUUAAACCUCAAGUGACAUCUGAGACAGACACCAGGUAUUUUGAUGAAGAAUUUACAGCUCAGACUAUUACAAUAACACCGCCUGAAAAAUAUGACGAGGAUGGUAUGGACUGCAUGGACAAUGAGAGGCGGCCGCAUUUCCCCCAAUUUUCCUACUCUGCAAGUGGACGAGAGUAACUCUUUUGUACUGCUGCUUCACUGUCAUCUUAGGUUUAUCAGUGAAAAUGAUUCCUGAACAUCACCACCAGUACUAGAUACUACUAAGAUAGCAGGGGCACUUUCAGAGACCAUUCCAAAUUGAACAAGUUUCUUUCCCAAACCUACCUAAAAUCCGUUCUGGUUUUGCAUGACAUAUGAGAUUCUCUCUACUCCGCUCUCCUGCUGUUGCUGCUGCCCACAGUCUCAGUAUAAUAGCAACAUCAAGAAGUUACUAACAGUUUCUUUGAAGGUAAAUGACUUGACUUCAGCAUUGUACACUUUGUGAACAAGUAGUCAUCUAUUUUUCCUCACAGUGGAGGCUAAACAAAAGCUGUGUCGGUCCAGCUUAUCUUCUUCCAGAAGAUGAAUCAAAAUUGUAAUUAGUCUAAACAGACCAGGCGAUAACAUUUUCUUGCAUCUGUUUGUGCUGGUUAGAAUGAGGAAACGUAGAGGUGGUGAUGUACAUAUGCAAGGUUUCUGUUAGGCAUAUCAUUACUUGAAGCAGGUCUCUGUCAUUAACAUCUGGCUGGAAUUUGUUUGGGAAAUGUUUGAGAGAAGGACUUAAAUUGUUGAUAUAUAUAAAUAUAUAUAUAUAUAUUAUUUUUUAAUUACUGUUGGAUACUACAGAAGAAGCAGAAGGGCUGGGCUCACCCAGCCUGCCACUUAGAACUUCCAGGUUCAUGUGCAAUCAUGGAGAAUCGAACAUUAUACAUGCAAGAAAUGAAGGCAUAAAAGCAGCAGUUGAAGUUGUUCAAGGGGUUUUAUAAUUUGCACCAGAUAACAUCUUUUUCAUGCUUUUCUCUUUCAUGAUAUGCAUCACCUCUGAUGGCUGAAGAAUGUAGACAGGCAUAAUGGUAUUGCUUUUCACCAAAAUGUGUGCACCAAGGUAAACAGGUGUUUGCCUUACUUGUUUUUGAGUUUGUGAAUUAGCUUCCUCUCCAGGUGUUUAACUCCGAUUUUUUUUUAAUUUUUUUUUUUUGUUAUACUGCGGUAGUAUUUAUUUUUAGAGAUAAGGUUUGUAUAUGUCAUGUUUGCAAAUGCUGCUACAUCUUAGAACAGGCUAAUAGCAGUUAAUUUUGUAAUAUAUGGAAGGACUGUACAAGCUGAAGGGAAUAAUGCACUUUUCUCCCAUGUGGAAAUUUUAACAAGGCUCUGAAAUUGUACAUACUGCUUAGAACCAGAUUUUUGUGAAUGAAAUACUGUCUUUUAACAGUUUGGCAGUGGAGGUGAGGAUUUCCCACCUCAUGUGCCAAAAGGUUAAAAGUGAACAGACAAAAAAGCUACAUCUUGUGCUCCAUUUAGGAUAAACAUAAUGCAAGAGCCUGGCAGCACAAGAGAAAAUGUCUGUUCUAUAUGAAGGAAUUGCAUUUGAACAACUAGACCACAGUGAUUACAAGAAAAGCACUUUAUUUUAACAAUUAAAAUAGUAAAUUUCUGGGAUCAGCCGUUCUCAAGGAAGAUUUGCCCUCAACCAAAAGAGUCCUAAAACCCAGGAGGUUAUGUGUAACCGUGGUACCUGAUUGACUGAAUUUCAAAUGUCACAGCAAACGCUCCACUAGGGAAACGUCUUUCCAUUUCCGAAGAUCUGUAUCUAACAGACCAUGUGCAGAAACUUUAGCUUUGAUCUUCAGCAAUGAUAAUCUUAAUAAUAAACCCUUUGGUGCUAGGAGCUGGGGCGUGACGAGGCGCAGCGGCAGAGCGCGCGCAGCCUUGCAGGCGACAUCGGGAACCCCCGACUCCGUGGGAUUAUCAUUGGAAGUAUCUCUGCGUUCAGCUCUUGUUAGCUCCCACAAAGACUGUGAUAUUGCAGAGUAUUCCUGGUUGCAUUGUGUGAGUGAGUAGAUGAGUCUGAGAGAUGUUCCUACACAGAUGCCUUAGCCUCUUGAUGUGGAAAGUUGAGUGCCCAAGCAUGAAGCCCACUGCUGGCAGUGCAUGUGCUGGGAUGGUCAAGGGGUAGACGGGCAUUUUAGCAAGGCAGCUAAAGACGCAGAGUAAUUUAGACAAUUUUUCAUGUUUAAUGUUUUAUCUUUAGUAAUGGAUGGAUAAUCAGAUAGAAAUAUAUCAUGAUGUAUACUCUAACUGCAUAGGAUUUCAGUAUGUCACCCUGUAACACUAAAGACGUGUAGAUGUUGUCCCUGUGCGGAGGGAGAGGAGAGCAGCAAAUGCAUUGCAGGUCUGGCGGUGUAGAGGUGUCUACACUGCCACAGUGAGCGAGUGACUGAAAUAACCAAGUACUUAACAGAAGGGCAUUAAUUAGUUCUCUGCAAAGGUCUUGUACUCAGACUGAAACUAUGGUGAUUCAAAAUCUGUGUUACAUGCCUGUGUUUUCUCCCCUAUGUUUUCAGCUUGUCAUAGCAAUAAGUUUCUUGGCACAGGGCCCCUCCAGCCAGUGGCCAACUGGCUGUGGCACUGGCCAGCAGCUCCUCGUGGCAGUGAUGCCCUGUGCUUUGCUCUCCAUUGCGUAGCCAGGUAGUGUGUGGUUUGCAGGAGGGGCCUGGCAGUGAACUAUUUGUAAACCUUUUCAGACAUCACUUUGCAUUGCAGUGUCUGCCUUCUGAAACGUCAGUGAUCCAGUUUAUGAUGCAGAGUUGGCAGCCACCUUGUGCUGCCCAGGCCCAGGGGAUUCUGUCUUACCAGUGUUAGAAACAGAUGACAGAGAAAUGGACAAGCAGUGCUGAGGGAAACUUUAGAAGCUCUUCUUUUGCUGUCUGCGGUUGUGUUUGAAUUUGGACAGGAGAUGGUGGCUGGUUGUCUUGGUGAGCCUUUUGAGCACAGUACAUUUCAGACCUUGACUCCAGCUUGUACUGACUUCCAUGACAUACAGUAUGCCCUCUUGUACUGCAGCCAUCUCGGAGGAAAUAGGUCAAUUCUGUUUGGAUUUUGGCAGUUUUGCACACAGCUUCGCUUUCCACACUAAUCCAUCUUCCAGUACAUUCCCGUUGCUUAAAGAACAUUUAUUCCAGUAUUGUUUCACCUUUUUUUUCCAUCUUUACUUGUGGCUUCUUAAAGCUGACUGUUCUUGCAGGGGCCAUGUGCUUCUCCUAGAGUACAAAAGUAAGGUCUUUCCUUACUAACUGCAGGGUCUAUAUAUUACACCUCAAUGUACACACUUUGCUGCUACUGUUUGUACUGUCUACAGUAGAAUUUCCUUAUCUUGCUCCUGGUAGUGCAUUACAGGCAAGCAUGAAAUGUAAAGUAUUUAUUUAAAUAAAAACCUCUAAAUUGGUAAUUGAAUUACCUCCCUGUAGCUUUAGAGUUUGUGACAUUUCUUGACCUUGCUAGUUCUUUCAUUAGAUCCAUGCAAGAUCUAGUCAUAUGGUUAAGGAUAUCAAGCAGACACGACUACGAACCCAAGAAACCGUAUUACUGUUGGUCAUACUUAAACUGUUUAUUUCCUUAAGUAUAUGACCCACAAGGAUGUGAAAUAACUACAAGAAACUGUUUUUGUACACUGUACAUCCUUAGUAUUUUUACACGUAUAUGAUAGGGAUGCACAUUAUUUUCCUUCGUACAGACAGCUUAAAUAAAGCACUAUGUCAAUCUGCUA